AUGGGCAAUAUAUCAAUGAGCGGACUACAUGUACUGUUAUUCUUCUCAUGUGUGACAGCAGGUAAUGCCUUGAAUUUACUUGUACAGAAAUAUCUGCGUAGAAUCGGAUAUGUUUCGCGAAUAAAUCAAUGCGAGCGGGCGAAGAACGGUUCAGACAAAUAGAAAUUCAACUAAAGGUCAUAUAAAUCGACAAGAUUUAAUUUCAAAUUUAAUAAGUUAAUAGGCUCAAAUCAGUACAACUGAGUCAAGUACUGUAAGUUGGUUACCUAGUGGUUUUAGAGAAGAUAUAGUUAACUCGUUUUAUAAGGACGUGCCGAACGGCUAAAACGUAAGCGGAGAGUUUUCGCCUAGCUAUAGAACGCGUCAUGUGGGCACUCAAUCUGUACAGGGGUCAGUGGAACAGUGAAACGGGUACGUGAAUUGCUCUUUGAAAACCUUAGUCAAACCUCUUAAAACACGGAGCUAAAAGUUUCGUCCGUCUGUUUAGCGGUAACCUUGAAAUUCAUUAGCCAUUCAAAUGACUGCAAAAACCCGACAAAUAUUACCAUAAUAGAUACAGCAAACAACAGUAGAGUGACAUGGAAGGCAAACUUCAUUCACUAUGAGAGAAACAGAAAAACGCCAGAAAAAAGAGGCGGUAGUUUAUCCAAUAGAGGUUACCACUGAAGGUAGUCGCAAUCGGAAAAAGUUAAAGCCGGGGAGUCUUGUGUUGUUAAAAACAUAUGGCUCUAUGUUCAUUCUUUUCUGUUAGAUCCUCUAUUAAAAAAUUCCUCUGGCGACGUACGGUCUUGCAUGUUUUGAAAUCCUGGCUCAUUUUUUUAUGGAUGCUGUCUUACCGGAGGAUCCAGACUUUUCUCCUCGAGGAGAAAAGUCUGGAUCUUGGCUUGGAUCAUGGGUGAGAAACAGCAACAAACUUAAAUCCUUUGUUGCGAUCCCCUGCGGGAUUCGAGCCCGGCACCACUACUCGGUUGGAGACGAGUGCAACGGGCCGGCUUUUGGGAAGACAGUAAUACUACCCAUAGUUACCCUCUUCUAACUACAGUGGAACCCCCGGGGGGUACUCCCAUACAUUACCUAUAUGGGUAUGAGCCGCCCAACGGGGUCGUGAUUUUGAAGCUCCUGAUUUAGAAUGGGGUAUCCAUUUCAGAGGCGUUUUCUAGAACCGGGUAUAAUAUUUCGAACGCACGAAAGUUCCAGUUUUGUAAGCAGCCAUUUGAAAUUAUUCAAGGGCAGAUUGCUUUUAAAAACAUGGUUCAAUGCGUUAAUAAGCAAACUGUUGUACCCUUUGCAGCUUAGAACGGAGUAUAAAAAAUUGGCCCAUUUCUAGAACGGGGUAUCAGUUUUAGGGGAAAUUCUAGAACGGGGUAUCAAUUUUAGGGUAAAUUGUUUUUAGAACGGGGUGCCAAUUUGGAGUCCCGGGCGGCACAUACCCACCCAAAAAAUACCCAAGUGCCCCCCCCCCCCCCGGAGUGGAACCUCUAUUACGUAGACCCCAAUUAAGCGGACACCCUCUAUUAAGUGGACACUAAGCCGGGUCCUGAAGUGAACGUCUGAUAUUUCCCUUUAUAACGAACCCCUAUUAAACCCCUCAGACACUAAAAUAAGGUGUACAGUAUUUGGCUAAUUUCUGUCGUUAAAAACCUCUGUUAAGCGGACACCGGACCGAAUUGACAAUAGUAGUAUUGGAUUACGUCCUUGAAAUACGGACUGAAGUCAGUUAAUACUUUUGAAUUUACAAAAAAAUUAAAGCUGGUAAUGAAAGGUAAUGAACUUGAACUCUGGAUAGCUUCUUUAACAACAUGCAACUUUAUCACAGUACAGGGUAACCGUUGAAUGUUGACCGUUAACAAACAUUGCGCAAUUUUUACAACCUCUAUUAAGCGGACACCCAGGAAGGUCCCGAAGGUGUCCGGAUUCACUGUAUGUACUACCAAACAAUAAGUAGACCGCGAAUUCAGAGGUAACAGUUGACUUCGGCGCCAGACGUCCACGACACGCGUUACCUUGCUUUGAUUGUCAAACCAAAAAGGUGAACUCGCGUGGUCACAUUCUGAGCGUUUGAUAGGUCAAAAAAAGGCCAAAUCGAAUAAUGGUGUUCUCUAGCCUGCGUAGCUGGCGGGAUUAGCAGGCGAGUGCAGUAGUAUUUUGGCGGCCAGAGCCGCGCGAAGAUUGGGAACAAAUCAAAUUGAAAUCCCGCCUGCCCUAAUUCUUGGGUAAUUUGAAUAGUCCGAAAACCAGGCGUACGGGAGUUUCUGAUUGGCUGAGAGGCGGUAACACGUCAAUCAAAUGUAAUGGUAAUCCGGCUAGUUUCUCCCAAUGGAAAGUUCGGAAAUGAAAUUAAAUUGAGCAAACUAAAAGGUUCCUAGUCCUUUCAAUUCAACAAUUCAACAAAAUAACCAGUUAAAGAAUUAAAUUAACUAAGUAAAUGUUAGCUAAUGUUCUUUUUGUAUCGUUUGCAGUUUAUUCACUGCAAUGCUACAGUUGUACCCUCGAGGAUAACCCCGAUGCACUCAAACACUGCGAGUUACCGAAAUCUGGGCUUGGCAAUAACACAGUCGUCAGCUGUUCAUCGGGCGAAGAUCGUUGCAUCAUCGUAAAAACAUUUCGCAAGGACGGAACUGUGACCACCUUUAGGCGAAGUUGUUCUGCAGUUGGAUCAUGUUCAAACAACUGUGCGUCCCCUGAUCCAGAAGGAACAGCUGUGUGCGACUCUUGCUGCGAAGACGACUUGUGUAACAAGGGAGAGGGACCAAAGGCGUCUGAAGUGUCAGGGACAUCGAGGCUUACAAUAACCAUGGGCUUGUUCAUGUCUGGGGGUUUUCUUGUGUGGUUCUUGUUGUAACGUAACCCUAUGGCCAUUAACGAAUUUAUAUGUACCUUCAAUAGACGACUUCGUAGAAGAAUGAUUCUAGGACAUAAAGACAAUUACAAAUAGUCAUUCUGCAUUGUGAUUCAUUCACGUAAAUUUCUAGAGAGGGACAUGUCAAUGACGCCAGCUGAAAAUUAUGUUGUACCGUAAAUCUUAUAGUCUACGAGUAGUCUUUUAAAUCUGAAGAACCCCCGACAAAUCUUACAACAGACUUUACUUUCUCAUGUAGCAUGACCAAGGAGUUAAAUGACAUGGAUAUUGGGUGGUCACGUGCGGCAUUUUUCUGCACGAUUACUCUUACUCCAGCCUAGUCCCUAGGCGUUCUCGGCUCGGUCAACCCUGGAUUCUACCGUGAGCUGUGACGUUACCGAGAGAUACACGCCCGGUCUUUCGCAGACUUCUCGUUGACAACGGGGCAGGAGAGAACGCAUAGGGACUAGCCUGCUCUUACUCAGUUCCAGUCCAGAAUUUGUAAACGCUGCGUCUUCUUAAAUCCUUGCACAAUUUUAGACCAUAAAAUUAUUUUAAACUUUUUAUCGGGCCUUAAGCAAGUGCUAUAACUGAUAACCCGGAGCGAGCAACUCCCUUGCAAUUGUGUCCAUUCAAUGGCGUUUUCAAAGCCCAGUUUAUUAGUUUUAGAACGCCGUUUUCGCGCGAGUUUUGAUUGUAAUUCUUACAAAUUGUUCAGGCAUAAAAACUUGAAGUAUUUCUGACUGCAUGUACUUCUUCUUUUGGUAAUUAAUUCACUAUGGAUGCGAACGCAUAUGAAACGGUGUUUCCAUUUUCGCGUGAAAAAGUGCUAGAAAAUGAUAGAAAGAAAUAACUUGAUCUGUUCAAAAGCCGUUGCAUAGGCUAAGUAUGAGAAUUGCACUCUCCGGGUUAUGGGCUCCUGACUUCCGCAAGUUGCCUAAUACUGAGAUCGACAUAUUUUACAAGCUUUAAAAGCUUUUAUUUUAUGUUAAUUAUAUGAUUUUCUCUUUUAGGUCUCAAAUGCGACUUGUUUCAUUUGUUUCAUGUCAUUUGUCUGAAGCAGUUGUGCAUUUGCAGUUGUGCAUUUGUAACACAAAAAUAAACCAGCUUAGAAAACCAGUCAUUGAUUAUUAAAAUUUCUUUUUACAGGUAAAAUGAUGUAUCUGGUUACUUUGUCUGUCGUGUCGAGAUUAAAAAUACCCUUACAGCUUUUCCCUUACUGGCAACCGCCAAAUUUCACACGGCCAAAAAGUAUGAGGAAGUUCAUUGCUGUCUGA